GUACUGACUGAUGCCGCUGGUCCAAACAACGUUAUGCCGCGCCAGCUAGCGCACCGUUGACCAGACAAAGCUUUCUAGAAAGUUCUUCAACGCGAUUCAAGGGUUGGAAAAGUGUUGAGUUAAUAUCUCGAUAUGCUGACACCGUUCCGACCUGUCACCAAGGAGAGAUGCUACAAAAACAGGACCGUAUUCACUGUUGCUGCCACAGGAGCGGAAAUAGUGCAGCGGAUAUGGGCUCUUCUAAAUAAUUAAGAGAAGAGGAGCGCUUUCUUUACUGCAGACUGGCACGUCAACUAACGGUUCGGUAGAAUCUAACGGAGUUUAUCCACCAAUGCUAUGAAAUCUAACAGAUGACAUAUCGCAACCUCGGAUCGAGAACCAGAUUUUACGGCUGACAUUUGACAGACGGGAGACUGGAAGAGGAGCGGAAGGGAGCGACACAGUGCCGCCGCGAAUGAGCGCUGGAUCACCGCUGGGAGUCCACAGACCGUCGGUGGGGCACGGCCCGUGCCGAUCUGUCGUCCAUGAUCAGACGUCGGGAAAUAAACAUGUAGCUAGCUACUGCUACUUGGUUAUAGUACAUAUAAUUCACCCUAAAUAAGAACACGGGAAAGCGGGUUUACCGUGUCGAUUACGGUACGGUGUUCCACGUUAUUUAGACGGUGUCCAGCCUCCCUUCAUCACCUCCACCACCACCUCAGGCCUGCAGUCUCCCUCUCUCCCCCCUCUCACCCCAUUCUGUCCCCCCUGGAAGAGGACAACAGCCUACCCCAGACCACCCUAGUUCCAACUAGACUACAAUCCAACAUCCUUCCACUCCACCCCUUCCCAAACAGACGAGGGGGAGAGAGGAGUUUCACCCCCCCUCAUCCCCUCCCUCCCUCCCUCUCUCUCCCCCCUCCCAACAUGCAGCCUCAGGGCCUGUAUGUAAGAGCCAUGGUACAGCCCAUCCCUAGAUUGAAAUCUUGAACCACUCCAGUUGUACUCCACUGAGUAAUGAAGUGAAGCUAAAUGUUCUGAUGUGAAACUGGGCUGGACCAGCGCUGAACGGACAGGAGAGAACAGGAUGUGACCUCAGCAUCAGCCCACCUCACUUCCUGUUUAUCUCAACUAAUAGGAAGACUGGAUCACAGGCCUCAAAUUCCACAAUCAGUCAAUCAAACUUUAUUUAUAAAAGCCUUUUUACAGCAACAUUUCUCACAAAGUGCUUGACAGUAGUCACCUUAGUAAACCUACUUCUGACUUCCAGAGAGCAGGCAGCGGCACAGUGGCAAGGAAAACCCUCCUUACAAGUGGAGAUGUGUUAGCUAACCUCUGACCUGUGUCUGGGCUUGGCUGCUUGUUGGAUCCAGGCUGUAGAAUCUAUUGGCUUCUACUGACCGUAGCUAGGGCGUCAGCUUCUAGAGUGUUCUAUUAUGUUCUAGUACGUUCUAAUAGGUUCUAGUAUGUUCUGUUAUGUUCUAUUAGAUUAUAAUAUGUUCUCUUAGGUUCUAGUAUGCUCUAUUAGGUUCUAGUAUGUUCUAUUAGGUUCUAGUAGGCUCUACCAGGCUGUCUCUGGCCCUGUGCUGUGGCCUCCUGGCCUGUGGCCCUCCUCUCUAGCUCCAGCUUUGGGCGAGGCCCACGGUUCUCCCCCCUACCUUGCUCAACCUCCACCAUUCGCCCCUCCCUCGCCACGGCUGUCCUCCCCCCCCGCCCCCGCCCCCACCCUUCCUCCCCCUCCCAUCACCACCACUCCCCCAUCAUCACCAUCACCCCCACCCCUCUCAACCCCCAUCUCACCUCCCAUCUCACCCCCAAUCCCCUCCUCCCUCCUCCCCUGUGGUCACCAUGACAACCACUCCCACUGCUCGUGAGCAUCUCCUGGUGGUGAGGAGGCGCAACCCCCACAUGCGUUACACUCUCAGCCCUGAAAACCUGCGCUCCCUCUCAGCCCAGGGAGGUGAUGGCAUUGGCCCUAGGGGUCACGGCGGAGAAAGGUCAGCUGGUGAACGGUCAGGGGUCGGAGGUCAUGGAGAGGGUCAUGGCGGCGGACUACAAAGGGCCAAUAGCGACACGGACCUGGUGACCUCGGAGAGCAGGUCAUCGCUGACUGCGUCGACAUACGAGUUCACGAUGGGGCGGGGCCAAAACCUGGUCAUCAACUGGGACAUCAAGGAGGAAGUGGACGCCACGGACUGGAUCGGACUCUACCAUAUCGACGAGACGUGUCCUGCCAACGUGUGGGACUCUAAGAACCGUGGGGUGAACGGGACCCAGAGAGGACAGAUCGUCUGGAGGCUGGAGCCUGGACCUUACUUCAUGGAGCCUGAGACUAAGAUCUGCUUUAAGUACUAUCAUGGAGUGAGUGGAGGCCUGAGAGCAACAACCCCCUGCAUCACCGUCAACAACCCAGGACUUCCUGUUAGAGCCGAGGGUCAAGCUGAGGGCCAAUCAGUGACAGAGAACUGUCGGAAACUCGUCAGCUUCACUUUAUCAGAUAUCUGUGCAUUGGGUCUGAAGAAGGGGAUGUUCUUUAACCCUGACCCCUACCUGAAGAUGUCCAUCCACCCUGGGAAGAGGAGUGGCUUCCCCACCUUCACACACCACGGACAGGAGCGCCGCUCCGCCAUCAUAUCUAACACCACCAACCCUGUCUGGCCUGGGGAGAAGUACACGUUUGUGGCUCUGAUGACGGAUGUCUUGGAGAUCGAGGUGAAGGAUAAGUUUUCUAAAAGCCGACCAAUCAUCAAGCGCUUCCUGGGUCAACUGACCAUCCCAGUGCAGAGGCUGCUAGAGAGACCUAAUGCAGAGGACCAGCCGCUAAGCUAUACCCUGUGUCGUCGUCUGCCCACGGACCAUGUGAGCGGCCAGCUGCAGUUCAGAGUGGACAUGACCUCUGGACAUGAUGAGGGCUCUCCUGAUGCCAUGGGUUCCAUCUUGGGUUUGUCAGUGAACGGGGACCCUGGAAGCCCCUCUGACGAUGAAGACCCCCACCCUUCCUCCAGGGCCCGGGGCCCUCUCCCACAGGUUCCUACUCCUCCCUGCUCAACGGAGAGGUCCACAGGGAUGGAGACGAUGUCUGGAGUGACGCCCGGGGGGCGGCUGGGGUUGGGAAGGGAGCUGCCUCUUCAGAACAGGGCCUGGGGAAACAAGAGAAAGAGGGGACAGAGGCAAACAGGGGAGAGGUUGAGGGAGCACAGGGGACAAAAGCUGGGACAGGGGUUGGGGAUGGAGCUGGAGCUGGAGAUGGAGCUGGAUCUGGGGAUGGGGCUGGAUCUGGGGAUGGAGCUGCAGAUGGGGCUGGAUCUGGGGAUGGAGCUGGAGAUGGGGCUGGAUCUGGGGAUGGAGCUGGUGCUGGAUCUGGGGAUGGAGCUGGAGAUGGGGCUGGAUCUGGGGAUGGAUCUGGGGAUGGAGCUGGAGAUGGGGAUGGAGCUGGAGAUGGGGCUGGAUCUGGGGAUGGAUCCAUGGCUGGGGUUGGAGUUGCAGUUGAAGCGAGGACUGGAGCUGGAUCCAUGGCUGUGGUAUUUUACCGCCAGCGCAGCAGCCAAUGAGGAAGAAGAGAGUGGGGAGAUCUGGCAGAGGAGGUCCAUGCAGGCGUCUGGAGGCGUGUCUCAGGAAGAGGGGGCGCGGUCUUCUGAGGCGAGCGGGCCAAUCGACUCUUCUCAGAGUGUCUCUGAGGAGGGCAGCGAGGCAGGAGGGGCCACAGGUCAAGUCAACGGCCACCAGUCUGUCCGCUCCCUGCCCUCUGUCCGUCACGACAUGGGUCGCUACCAGAGAGUAGAUGAGCCACUUCCUCCCAACUGGGAGGCCCGUAUAGACAGUCACAGUCGUGUGUUCUAUGUGGACCAUGUGAACCGCACCACCACCUGGCAGAGACCCACCGCACCUCCAGCACCGCAGCUCCUCCAGAGGUCCAACAGCAUACAGCAGAUGGAACAGCUCAACCGCAGGUAUCAGAGUAUACGCAGGACGAUGACCAAUGAGAGAACAGCAGAGGAGCUGACAGCUCCGCCCGAGGUGCCCACCGACGACACUGACCACCACACUAUCCCAGAGUAUCGUCGUGAUGGUGUGGUGACUCCAGAUAGCUCUCGGUCUCGUCUCAGUCUGCUCCUCCAGUCUCCCAGCGCUAAGUUCCUGACCAGCCCUGACUUCUUCACCUUGCUGCAUUCCAACCCUAGUGCCUACCGCAUGUUUACAGGUAACACCUGCCUGAAGCACAUGAUCAGUAAGGUGCGUCGCGACACGCAUCACUAUGAGCGCUACCAGCACAACAGAGACCUGGUGGUUUUCCUCAACAUGUUCUCCAACAAACAGCUGGAGCUGCCCCGUGGCUGGGAGCUGAAGCACGACCACACUGGCAAGCCUUUCUUUGUGGACCACAACUGCCGGGCCACUACGUUCAUCGACCCUCGGCUCCCUCUCCAGAGCAGCACACGUCCCAGCAGCCUCCUGGCCCACCGCCAGCACUUGACCAGACAACGCAGCCACAGCGCUGGCGAGGUCAGCCCACAACACAUGGUGGGUGACCACCCUCGUCAUUCUGGAGGAGGACCCCCUGUAAUGCCCCGCCCAUCCAGCACCUUCACCCCGGUCAGCCGCACCCAGUACCAAGACGUAGUGCCAGUGGCUUACAACGACAAGAUUGUGGCGUUUCUACGACAACCCAAUAUCUUUGAGAUCCUGCAGGAGAGACAGACAGAGUUUAUCAGGAACCACUGGCUCAGGGAGAAGGUGCAGUUGAUCCGUAAUGAAGGGGCCUCUGGUCUGGCCAGGCUGUCUGGUGAUGCAGACCUGGUCAUCCUCCUCAGCCUGUUUGAGGAGGAAGUGAUGUCAUAUGUUCCGCCUCACGCCUUACUGCACCCCAGCUACUGCCAGUCCCCACGAAGCUCCCCCGUGUCCUCCCCACAGAACUCACCUGGAACACAGCGAGCUAAUGCCCGUGCCCCUGCCCCCUACAAGCGAGACUUUGAAGCCAAACUGCGAAACUUCUACCGCAAACUGGAGACCAAGGGCUACGGCCAGGGCCCAGGGAAGUUAAAGUUGAUCAUCCGUAGAGAUCAUCUCCUGGAGGAUGCCUUCAACCAGGUCAUGUGUUACUCCCGGAAAGACCUGCAGAGGAGCAAGCUCUAUGUCAGCUUCCUGGGAGAGGAGGGGUUGGACUACAGCGGCCCGUCCAGAGAGUUUUUCUUCCUGGUGUCCAGAGAGCUGUUCAACCCGUACUACGGCCUGUUUGAGUACUCCGCCAACGACACCUACACCGUUCAGAUCAGCCCCAUGUCUGCCUUCGUAGACAACCAUCACGAGUGGUUCCGUUUCAGCGGGCGUAUCCUGGGCCUGGCUCUGAUCCACCAAUACCUACUGGAUGCCUUCUUCACUCGACCCUUCUAUAAGGGCCUGCUGCGCAUCCUAUGUGAGCUGAGUGAUCUGGAGUAUCUGGAUGAGGAGUUCCACCAGAGUCUCCAGUGGAUGAAGGACAACGACAUCGAGGACAUGUUGGACCUCACCUUCACUGUCAAUGAGGAGGUGUUCGGACAGAUCACAGAGAGAGAGCUGAAGCCGGGCGGGGCCAACAUCCCGGUGUCAGAGAAGAAUAAGAAGGAGUACAUUGAGCGCAUGGUGAAGUGGCGUAUUGAGAGAGGAGUGGUUCAGCAGACAGAGAGUCUGGUCCGGGGCUUCUAUGAGGUGGUGGAUUCCAGGCUGGUGUCAGUGUUCGAUGCCAGGGAGCUGGAGCUGGUGAUAGCUGGCACCGCUGAGAUAGACCUGGUGGACUGGAGGAGCAACACAGAUUACAGAGGAGGUUACCAUGACAACCACAUAGUGAUCCGUUGGUUCUGGGCGGCGGUGGAGAGGUUCAACAACGAGCAGAGACUCAGGCUGCUACAGUUUGUGACGGGUACCUCCAGUAUUCCCUACGAGGGUUUCGCCUCUCUCCGAGGCAGCAACGGACCCCGCAGGUUCUGUGUGGAGAAAUGGGGCAAAGUUACCUCUCUACCCAGGGCUCACACCUGUUUCAACCGGCUGGACCUCCCUCCAUAUCCAUCCUUCUCCAUGCUGCACGAGAAGAUGCUCACUGCCGUGGAAGAGACCAGCACCUUCGGCCUGGAGUGAUGACCCCUAUCACCUUUAUCCCCCACUCCUCCUACGACCUUUGACCCUGACCUCUGAACUGUAGUAUCACAGAGGUAGAGGAACCCAAGGGGUUCAAGGGGAUGACUGUCUAGUCUGUCUGGCACCCUGUUGUAUCUUUAUACACACUCACCUUCCUGAAGUGAGCUGAACAGAGGAGAAUAGACAGAUGUGUAUCAGAGGGUAUGACCCCUGCACAACGCCAGGGUUUCCCUGUGACGGUUAAGGUCACUUAGACACACUGCCAACACAAACCAAAGGAGAGCACCCUAACACUCACACCCUUGUUACUCCAUUAGACCAAUGGGAGAGAUGGACUCGUAAGCCUCCAACCAAUCGCACAAUGAAGGAACAAAAACCAAGACCCGGAGUGAGACGCCAACCGGCUCAUCACGCUUUAUUAUUUAAAAUACGUAAGGAAGGUGGUGGUCGAGCUUUUCCUGGAGAGCAAAACCAAAGCUGCUUCAUCUCACAGAGGCUGAGGCCGACAUCACAGGACAUCUCUCCUCUGAGAGGCUGAGGCCGACAUCACAGGACAUCUCUCCUCUGAGAGGCUGAGGCCGACAUCACAGGACAUCUCUCCUCUGAUAGGCUGAGGCCGACAUCACAGGACAUCUCUCCUCUGAUAGGCUGAGGCCGACAUCACAGGACAUCUCUCCUCUGAGAGGCUGAGGCCGACAUCACAGGACAUCUCUCCUCUGAGAGGCUGAGGCCGACAUCACAGGACAUCUCUCCUCUGAUAGGCUGAGGCCGACAUCACAGGACAUCUCUCCUCUGAUAGGCUGAGGCCGACAUCACAGGACAUCUCUCCUCUGAGAGGCUGAGGCCGACAUCACAGGACAUCUCUCCUCUGAGAGGCUGAGGCCGAAAUCACAGGACAUCUCUCCUCUGAGAGGCUGAGGCCGACAUCACAGGACAUCUCUCCUCUGAUAGGCUGAGGCCGACAUCACAGGACAGUGUUGCUCCUGGGGAGAAGGGGAUGAGAGGAGAGAGGAAGAGAUGAAGGAAGACGAUACAGGUGCUCUUCAGCUGCUGUGGCCACGCCUCCUGUCCUGUCAGGGAAAGAGAACCAACCAAUCAAGGUCCAGGCAGCUUUGUGACCUGAGCUUGUUGAACACUCUGACAGGUGUGUUCUAGAACAGAACACUGAAGUAGCCUAUCGUGAUGCGGUGGUGUUUGUGUGGUGAAGCUGAACUUGGAUCUCUCUACAGGCUUUUCAUCUAUCUGCAAAAUGCAUUUUGUAACAGCCACAAACAAUGAUGUGUUUUUGAAUGUACUGACUGAUAUCACGAUGAUGCGCUUGAAUGUGUCGUUUUUGUACGUCGCUCGAUGACUCGUCAAAUCUAAACGGCUGCCUCAUUCUUACCAAACUUCAGGGCAAGCUAUUAGCACGGAUAACCAAACUCAGCUAGGGUUUGUUUUCGAUAAAGACAUUACAUUGAGUUGGCUUUCCCAUAAUGUUAGACACAAGCUCUCACACACUCUUUCAGUGUUUUAGCUGUUUUCAUUGUUUGCAAGUAUGUUGAUUGUCAGCGUCACUUUAUCAUUGAACUACACUGCCAGAGCAGAGGGUGAUCUGAACCUUUAAAAUCCGUCAUGUUUGGUUGUUGCUCUUGUUUUUAACCUGCUUCUACUUUUUCCUCCUUCUGUACAUUGUCCUGAUUGCCACCUAAUUGAAUACGUUGGUUUGAUAUGUUCCUAUUUGAAUAGGGUUUGGGACCCCGAUAUAACAUCGUAUAAUGACAGAUGUUUGUAUGACCAUGAUAAUGAAAGUAACGCAUGGUGAUUAACAGCCUGCAUGUCGACACACACACACACACACACACACACACACACACACACACACAGGCUUACACCAUGCAAUUAUAAUGUGAUCUGUGUGUGGGUGAUGGUAAGGUCAAGGGACAUUUAUAGCUUUAUAGAGACUCGUGACAGAGAACAUGUUAAAGUCAUAUAUAAGCCCAGGUGCCCAUGGUGUGCUAUUACACUGACUGUUUUGAUGGGUGAAAUGUUGGUUUUCAAGUGAGGGGGAAAAAUAUAUUUUAUAGACAUAUCUACAGUACUACGAAGUUUUAAGACGAGGAGUAAUGAGAAUAUGAAGGAAGAGUUAUAGAAACACAUAUUUGUCAUGUUUUUCACUUCAUACUCUGCCUUAGUCAGAAGGCCUUAGUCUGCCUUCUGAUACCACCAUAUUCUACUCUCAGGGUGCGUUCCAGGUCGCGCUUUAUUGCAGUCGCGCUGCUGCUGAGCAUUUUAGCCGAUUACUAUAUUAUAUGUAUAUCAUAUUAAUGUGGUUCCAGAGAGGUAAAUACUUUUCCAGACGUUGUGAGGGACUAUCAUCUGAGCAGUGUGUCGACUGCAAUAACGAUGACAUGAAACGCGCCCAAUGUCUUUGUUUCAGGGCUGUGACCCCACCCAGCCACCAUCACAUCCCGAGACUGUGGAAUGUAGCUAACGGAAUGUAAGGGACUGAAAUAGAACAACUUCCUGCAUUCUCUUCCAUCAUCCCAGGGCCAGUGAGAGACUGAGGGCAGACAUAUGACAUGUUUUACGUUAAAAACAUACUAAAAGAAAGGGAAGUGCACAGUGGCAUUACAUGUAUUUUAUUUUUUAUUCUUUUGACAUUUUAGUAAUAAAUCAGACGCUCUUAUCCAGAGCGAUUUACAGUUAGUGCAUUCAUCUUAAUAAAAUGUAGCUAGGUGGGACGGGUUCUAGUGUAGUUUUUGAGCAUAGACUGAAAGACUGAAGCUAGGGAGGGGAAGUUUCUCUUGGUGUUUCGUAGGUAUGCACCAUGGUCUUGUAGUGGAUGGGAAUACUGUACAUGUCCUGGGAUGGCUUGUGAGAAGUUCUUAUAACUUUUUACGUACUGACAGUACACGUUUCUCUGUCUGCCAAUGAAUGAUUUUGCUGUCCUGUGUAGGCUGUAUUUUCACCAGGGGUCUCCAACAGUUCGAUUCGCUACAGUAGCUCGCAGUCUACCUAUGAGUAGCUCGCAGUCUACCUAUGAGUAGCUCGCAGUCUACCUAUGAGUAGCUCGCAGUCUACCUAUGAGUAGCUCGCAGUCUACCUAUGAGUAGCUCGCCAAACAAUUCUGAAAGUACUUGCAAUUUUGACUUGUUCCACGACAAACUGUCCAACAAACUGUCAUAAACAAAUCAAACAAGUGUCAGACACCGCAAGCGCCCAGCUACUAUCUAAUUAACGGAAAAUUGACAUUUUCCCACCCCUGGUUAGCCAAACCUAACAAUAUCUGGCAAUGAAUUCCCAGCAACAUUGCCCCUGUCUGUCUGAGUGGUGCGCGGGUUUGUCCAUCACUCCAGCCAGUUGACGUGAUAAACCAUCAUGUGAGUUGACAGAAAUACUUUCCCUGAAACCUUUCCAAUUACAUAUGUAUUGCAGGUAGGCUCACCUGGCAGAAGUAUAUCAUGAGUAUCUGUUAUUUGAAAACUUGUAUGGAGCCAUUGCUAGACUGGCACAUCCCUCACUCAGAUGCGUAAUUACAGGAAAAUUACACAAAGAUAUUUGUUAGUUUUCUUCCAGACCUAAAUUGUCCUCAGAGGGGAUUUAACAAGUGACAUGGACUCAGAACAUCCCAUUCCGUUGUUUCCCUGAACAUUUGUAAUUUUGAAAGUGAAAAAAAUUCUAAAAGCAGGAAAAGCAACACUGACAACAAAUCUCUGAUUUUAGAGUUGUUUGUUAACCGUUGGUUUACCAGGUAUGUUGACAGAGAAUAUAGUGCACUACUUUCUCUUGUGUAUCAAGGACCCGGCGAAGAGUUGCAGGGGAGAGGAGAAGAAUGGGCCUAUUUUAAAAUCUAGUAAGAAAUGAGUAGAUCUGAUGCCAGAAAAGGUUGGAGACCCUGAUUUUGCACUGAAUGUACCAAUGUUUUGGGGCUUUAAUUGGGGCUUUUGACUCUAUUCAUCCAAGUCUCGGUCUCUCAACCUCCAUGGUCUUCACAUUCACCACCAUCACUGAGUAACCGAUAGCCCAUCACACCAACCCACUACUUCUUUACUCACAGAAACACUUUAACUACAACACAACAUGCAUAUAUAUAUAUAUAUAUAUAUGUAUAUAUUAUCACCAAUUGUGACCAAUUUGAAAGUUGCAUCCAUGUUUCAGUUGUUCUCACCUUUUUGUAAUGUUCCUCUGUGGCUGGCUGUCUGCCUGUCUGGUCCUGUGACCGGCAGGACUCUAGGAUGAGAUACUACUGUCUGCUGGGGGGUUCAAGGCUGUGUCUGUGUCAGAGCUUCACUCUAUGCAAAGCUUUGUUCUCCAUGUCACUCCUUAUGAUUGUAUGAAAAAACUGAUAAAAAUAAUUGAUUAAA